GCUACCUGUUCAUCACAUACUUCUACCAACCGUCUUAAAGAAAGUAAUAGAUUUACGAAGUGCUAUACAUUUAAGCAGUGGAUAUUAUGAUUGGUAAUGAUUGUGGUUCUUUUGGUGAGUUUUGGCAGAUGUUCUUGGUGCUGCUACAGAUCGAGAGUUUCCAACAAAUCCAUUGAAACUUUCUGCACCUAUUUACUGUUCUAAAUGUGGGGCAAAGAAAUUUAUGUUUGAGUCCCUCCACUUUUGCUGUGGUGAUGGAGACAUUGAGAUAGCAACAAAUGAGUACCCUCCUGAGCUCAUCUACUUAUUUACUUCCAAAGAUGAAAUUGCUGUUCAUUUUCGAAAGUAUGCUAGAUUGUAUAACAAUUUGUUCGCAUACAGCUCUCUUGGAGGCCAUUUUGAUGCAAAGAGCAAAAGAGGAAUUUAUGUAUUCAAAAUGCAUGGUCAGAUGUAUCAUUUUGUCCCAGAUUUAUUACCUGAAGAGAAGUGUCCUAAAUAUCUGCAGCUAUAUUUUUAUGAUGGACAGCAUGAGGUUAAAAAUAGAUUGGGUUCAUUUCCAGAAGUGAGAGAAGAUGUGAUCCAGAUUCUGAUGCAUGUGUCCCAGCAGAAUCCAUAUGCUAUGUUUUUCCGGUCUCUAAGAGAACGCGUUGUUACCGAGGACACGAAAAUUAUUCUGAAUCAGAAUCCUGUGCUUGAUCAGCGUGUCUAUAAUGCUCCUUUUGUUGAUGAUGUAGCUGUUAUCUGGCCAGAGAAUGCUUCAUCAAGCCAAAGUUCAAGUCCUCAUAUUAUGGUGACUGGAAAAUCUGAUCAGACUCACCGAAUCUAUCAUAAUUAUGGCUGUUACGAUCCGCUUCAAUAUCCGUUAUUAUUUCCCCGAGGAGAAUGUGGCUGGACUCAGGGUCUUAAAAAAAAAAAAAUCUCAUCCAAGUACACGAGCAGCAGAUUUAGUUCCAGAUCCCAUUAUGUCUUGUGCUGUUCACGAUGCUGAGGAUUUGCUCAGUCAAGAAGAAUCACGUGCAAGGAGAAAGAACACAAGAGCAGACAAGUUUAUUUCUCCUAGGGAAUAUUAUGCCUACAAGUUGCAGAUUCGGCCUAAUAACAUGUUAUUGCGAGCAGGGAGAUGUUUCCAGCAGUAUAUAGUCGACAUGUAUGUAAAGAUUGAAAACACAAGGUUAGAUUAUUUUCGUAACAAUCAGGAAACAAUUAGAGCUGAUCUGUAUAAAGGUAUUUUGGAUUCAUUGGAUAGUGGAGAAACUAUUGCUUCUAAUGUUGGCCGAAGGGUGAUAUUACCCCCAACUUAUAUUGGGGGUCCUCGGGAUAUGAAGAAGCGGUAUUUAAAUGCCAUGGCAUUAGUGUAGAGAUUCAGCAAGCCAGAUUUGUUUGUAACAAUUACGUGUAAUGCUAACUGGCCAGAGAUCAAGGACGAGCUAGCUACUGGUGAAAAGGCACAGGACAAACCUGAUUUGGUUGCUAGAAUUUUUAGAGCAAAAUUGAUUGCACUGAAGAAAGAAAUCAUGGAAAGGAAGGUUUUUGGAGAAGUUGCUGCAAUGGUGUAUGUAGUUGAGUUUCAGAAAAGAGGUUUGCCACACGCUCAUUUUUUGAUUAUUCUAAAACCUGAAUAUAAGCUGAAAUGUCCUGCUGAUUAUGAUAAGUUUGUUUGUGCUGAAAUACCUUCUGAAACUAAUAGCCACCUUAGGCGAAUUGUCUUGGCACAUAUGAUGCAUGGCCCUUGUAGCAUACUUAACCCAGAAUGUGCAUGUA